UUUCAGGAAGACAAUGAGAUUCCAACCACAGUGCUAUCUAAGGAUUCCAAUGCAGAUAUCGCCUCAACUUCUGUCCUGGAUGAUGUACCUGCUUCUCCACCCGCUUCAGCCAUGGACACCAACCAUUCCCACGAUGAAGGCCUGCAGACCAUCAGCCUGUCCUCCGAAGAAGACGAGGGAGCCGCCAGCCCCCUGGCAGAGGGAAGCACCGAGCCCCUGGGUGAGCUCCAUGAGGAGGACCUCCUCCCUGGCAUGGGGUCCGACCGUCAGGAGCGCUCCAGCCUGAAGAAGGUGGACAGCCUGAAGAAGGCAUUCUCCAAAAGCAGCAUCGAGAAGAAGAUCAACAAACUCGUGCCUCCAGAGAGACGUGAGAAGAUCAAGAAGAGCUUCACACCCAACCACCCCAAAAGCCCCACCACCAAAAGCUCCUCCUUCCGCAUCUCACCCAUGACCUUCAAUGUCAAGAAGGUGCGGGAUGGCGAUGGAGAAGCUGCUCAGCCUGAGAGCUCACCGACCUCCCUGACCACCGUCAGCAUCCCCACUAUGGGAGGGCUGGACGGAGAGGUGCCUGUGGCCGAAGUGCACGUGGAAGAAGAGAAGGCUAAUGGGAAGGAGCCCAGUACCUCCACACCGGGCAGUGCGGAUGGUGGCCUCUCCGUAACAGAGGAUGCAGACCUUGACAAUGGUCCCACAGCUACACUUGCAGAGGAGGAGGUUCUGCAGGAUCAGGAGGAGGAUGAUGAAGAUGAUCAUGAAGAUGGCGCUGAUGAAAACAGAGGAGAAGAAGAGGAGGAGGAGUCCAGGCCUGAACCAGCAUCCACAAUGUCAGCCGCCACCCCCGCUGUGGCAGUCCAGCAGGCCUCUUAGAUACACUAGGUGUAGCACCACUAGUGCUCCAGCUGUUCUAAAAUCCUUGAUAUAAGAGCUACCCCUCUGUUAAAGCCAGUUAACAUGUGGCUAAUAUAAGAGAUCAUCUGUUUAAAAAUAAGAAUAACCCAUAUUUCUGUAAACUAUAAGAUAUUUACUUUCCAUAACUGGGAUUUUAUAUGGUAAUGGGUGAAUACACUUAAAAAAGUAUAUUGUAAUAAUAAUAAUGUUCUGCCUCACUUUAUAGAGUAGUGUUUCUCAGUCCAGUUCCUAAAGAUAGCUAGGUGAUGCCACAUUUUUGGCCAAUUCCAGCUCCCAUAACAAUUAGAGUGAAUACAGUAACCUAACUCGGGUCUGGCCCAGAACAAUUGCACCAAUACCUGCGAGAGGACAUCUUGGUUCGAUUGCAUCUGCAAGCAGUCUCUAAAAUGAACAGCUUUUUUUAUUUACAUCAAAACACAGCAAUAUGAGUGUUAUUACCUAAAAAAAACACAUGUGAUUUGAACAGAUGCAAAUACACAUACACAAAACGCAACAAGGAGUUCUCAUUUUUAACUAAGUAUGUUAUAUGCUGUGAGCCAAGCUGAAGAACAAAGUGUAGUUCCAGAUUUCUCCUGGAUGCCCUCAGUCAGCAUGUGUAUAUAUGUUAAGUUCUGUCAGCAGCUCACCUGAUUUACCACAUUUAUUAAUUUACCAAACCAGUUGUUGAUAUGAUGAGAACUAAAAAUAACUCUAUUAAAGAUAAGAA